AAACUUAAUAUAAUAAUUUGCAGUUGCGAAACAGAUAGAAGUGGCAAUAAGAGCAGUGAUAGAAAUGAAGCAUUUAUUGGCAUGGAAAGUGCCAACGUGGCAGAAGCAGGACCUCAUAGGUGAGAAUCUGAGCAAAAGCAGAGAGAGAUUUGGUUUCAAGUAAAUUGUAAUUGCAACUGCUGCAUUUUGGCACCAUUCUUCUUUUGGCUCUACAAUUCCAUGUACAUACUCCUCUGCAACUUGCUCAGAAUUGAAGCACUCACUUCUAACCAUAAGAUUUGAAGCACAUCAGCCAUGCAUUGCUCUUCAGCUUUUCUUGCUGCCAGGGGGUCAAUCAACUUCUGCUCUUUGCUUUCUCAUCAUUUCUCUCUAUAUCGAGCGAUUAUCGGAGGGGCGGGGUGGGAGGUAUACAUCACGUCGGACCAACUCUAGAACAAUGGUAGAACCUAAGGGAUUGGCUACGGAAGAGUCCAUUCACGGAAAGAAAGUGGAUGACAAAAACGUAGAACCGUCAACUAAUUUAUGCCUUGCUGUGGGUUAUUCCAAUCAGUGCAUUCAGAGAAUCUUGAACAAUGAUCCAGGUGCAGGUGCAAAUGCAGCUUCAGCAGCAUACAUGACAUUAGUAGCCGCAGACCCGCUGUCUGAACUAGUUUGGUCUCCGCAUAAAGGUUUGUGUAUUAGAUGUGCUGAUGGAAGCUUCACAGAGAAAAAUCCUUCUCUGUCGUGGGGUGUAGGACCUACCAUUAUGGCAAACGCAUCAAAUUCUGAUAAACCCGUGUCAAAUACUGACAAACCUACCAAUAGCGAAAUACGUAUAGCAUCUCUGGCAGCAUGUAAUCUGGCUUGUGAGGUUGCUGGAAGAAAUAUUACCACCAUAUUUCCUACAAGCAUCAUGCCUAUCAGUGGAACAAGUCUUGAACUCAGGACAGCUAGUGGUGAUCAGCUGGAAGAAAUGAAAAAUGGAAUGGACUUCCGUUUUCUACAGAACGAGAAUAGAAGGAGCAAAAAAGGGAAAGUUGAAACAGAUGUACCUGAACUGAACAUGGGACAAAAUUAUCCAACUUCCGAGGAGCCUAUUGUCAGAGCUUCAGAUAUUAGUGAUAGAAAGCAUGCUUUAAGAAUGGGAAUUGUAUUGGCCUCUGAAAUAAAUACUUUGGAAAAGUUUGAAGUUUAUGAUACUGAAAUUAUUUCUGGGAAGAGAAAGGUGGAAUCAACUUCAAUUAGAGAAAAUGAUAGCAAAAACAAGAUGGUCAUAAGGCCUCAUGCCCUUUUGCCCUUGGACAAACUGGAGUCAACUGCUGAGAAUGAUGUAGCAACUCCAUUUGGUGAAAAUGUUUUACCGUCAGAAUGUCCUGAUAGAAGGAUUGAAAAUAAUACUCGGCAUGGAGAUGAGUUACUUCCGGUGGACAAGACUCUUGCAGUUAAUCCGGCUCCUGCUAACAGUAGAUUCCGCAAGAAACAAAAAAAAGGCAAGUCCCGGGCCUUAUCUGAUGGAGAUGCAAAGGAAAGGAUGUCAAAUGAGGAGGAUGGUAGUCAUGAGAGUGUUGAAAGCUGUAAUAGUGGUAGACUAUUUUCAACAGGGAAACGGCAAUGGAAUGAUCAACAGUUGAUUGUAAGCAGCAAAAGAGUCAAAGGACAAACUAAUCAAGAUAGCUCAUUCAUGAAUUGGAUCUCAAAUAUGAUGAAGGGGGUCUUAAAGUCAAGUGAAGAAAAAGAACCUUCUAUUUCUCAUGGUCAUGAGAAUCCUGAACAGGAUACUUUCGCAAGUAAUAGAGAAGAAGACCCCACAUGCAGACCUGUUGGGUUUCAAUCCAUUUUUCAGUCGCUUUAUUGCCGUAAGACCAACACUCAACAAGCUGUCACCUUGAAUGCUGAUCAUCAACAGGAAGGAUUUAUAGAAAGCGAGCUGGACAAUAAAAUGUGUGACCUGAAUGCUACUCCAAUAGCUUGUCGUAUGGUGACUGGUAAUGUUUACAAGCGGCUUCUGCCAUCGACUGAGAGGUUCAAUGAUUCUGCUUCUGGUAACCAAGCUGGUACAGCUUUCCAUUCAAGAGAUAUACUCAUGAAUUUUUCUGCCAUUAGAGAAAGCAACAGGAGCAUCUCAACUGAGAACCAAAAUUCAUGCAACGUGGAAACUGGUAGGGCUGAAGAUGGAAUAAGCUUCAAUUCUUCCAAGGGGGAAAAAAUGGAUUCAAAACUGGCAUCCGAAGAGAAACCGACCCAUAAUUUUGAUUACAAAGGUGAACCACUAGAAAGCUUGUGGAUAUCUCGAUUUACUCCAAAAACUUCUGGUCCUUCAUUAAACAACAAAAGGACCGGUGAGCCUCUUAACUGUUGUGCUGAUGGCAUGAAGCUGAAACCUCUGUUACAGAAUCCUCUUGGUUCUUCUAGUAAACUUGAAAAUGUUGAGGCUAAGAAACACUCUACUGAAGCGUCGCCGCGUGUACAAAAUUCUGGUACCGCUGAUGAGGCUUCCUUCAGUUUUUAUAAAGUGAAGAGACACAGUGAUGAAAUUUCGACAUAUAAACCGAAUCCUAUUCUGCCCUCCUCAGGAGUCAAAUUUUCAGAGGCAAUGGCUUCUGUUUUUGCAAGGAGAUUGGAUGCCCUCAAACACAUUCCACCUUCAUAUAACACAGACCCUGCAGCUCAUGAAACAAUGACCUGUUUCUUUUGCGGCAUAAGGGGUCACCAUUUGCAAGAAUGUCCUUAUGUAACUGAUACUGAACUUGAAGAUCUCUUAGGCAAUGUUAACUCAUAUGAGGGGAUAAAAGAAUUGCCUUGUGUGUGUAUUAGAUGUAAUCAGCUGAGUCAUUGGGCGGUUGCAUGUCCUAAUAUUGCUGCCAAUGCUCGUGCAGUUUGUUAUAGGAAUGAAUCUGGAAUUGAGAAAGAAUGUGCUUCAAGUUCCAGAGUAAAGGGAUUGAAAGAAAACCAAAUGGCAGCUCCUUAUGGUCUUAUCAGUGGCUUGAUUUCUGAUAUACCAAAUGGAAUCUCUGAUGCAGUAAGAAGCCUUCGUUUGACAAGAACAAAUAUUCUCAAAUGGAUGAAAUCCGACGUGCCACUCUCACCUCUUGAUGGUUAUUUUGUGCGCUUGCGGCUUGGGAAGUGGGAAGAGGGACUAGGAGGAACCGGAUACUAUGUAGCUCGCAUUACUGGAAUUCAAAUAGAGAGUUCAUCAAAGAAGUGCAAAGCAUCCAUCUCCUUAAAUGUCGGUGGAAUCAGAAGCGUAGUCGAAAGUCGAUAUGUCUCCAACCAUGACUUUCUUGAGGAUGAGCUUAGGGCAUGGUGGUCUGCUACUUUAACAAAUGGCGGCACAUUACCAUCCGAAGAAGAGUUGAGACUGAAAGUUGAAGAAAAGAAAAAACUGGGAUUUUAGGGCCAAAAUAAAAAAAUCAAAAUUUGCUGUCAACAAUGUUAUUGUACAGGUCAUUUCUCCCACUUAUGUAAAUAAAUUUAAUCUGUAUCACUAAAUUUUGAUUUUUUUUUUCCUGGCAAAUGUGAAUAAUGAAAGAAUUACAAGAUCUUCAGAUUUUGGCUUU